AUGUUUCUGUGGUUUAGUGCUCCCUUAUUUACAAGAAGCAAUACGGGCACGCGGUGGAUACCUGUAGGCAAACACCCGCUCGCCUGGGAACAGGCACGAGUGUGGCGUUGUCUUCACGAGCCGGCUGUGUUGGCGCUCCGCGGCCAGGACGCUGCCGCAAUGUCGAAGAAACGAGUCAGCAGCGCUUCGAUGGAGCCGUUCAACGUUGAAUCGCUCGUCCGGGACGAACUUCAGCGUAUGGAACCCUACGCGCCGAUCCUACCGUACGAAGUACUCGCGCGACAGCUCGGACGCGAUCCGAGUGAAAUCAUCAAACUGGACGCGAACGAGAAUCCUUAUGGCGUUUGUCCCGCCGUGCGAAACGCAGUGGCGGCUGCACCUUUCCCGCAUAUUUACCCGGAUCCCGAGUCACGAGAGCUGCGCGAGGCGCUGGCGGCGUUCACGGGCGUACCUGCCUCGCGACUCCUUGUGGGCCACGGUGCCGACGAGCUCAUUGACCUUAUUUUUCGACUCGUGAUCCGAGCGAAUCAUCAGGAUACUGUAGUGAACGCUCCACCUACGUUCGGUAUGUACCAGUUCGAUGCGGACUUGAACGCAGCCAAAGUGGUUUCGGUAUGGCGAAAAGCUGACGAUGGCUUUCGCUUCCCAACCGAGCAGGUGGAGGCGUACUUUGCAGAAAUCGCUGCUGCACGAGAGCGAGGCGUAGACCAGUCCUACCCCAGGAUUGUCUUCGUGACUUGCCCCAACAACCCCGAUGGCUCCCGAAUAUCGGAUAGCGAUCUGCGACGACUUUUACGCCUACCAACCCUGGUGGUGCUCGACGAAGCCUAUAUUGAGUUUGCGGAUAGCGAGGAGGAGCGUUACCCAGAUGCAUCGGGCGGCAGCGAGACGCGUGCAACGGUUACAGAGCCACCCACACGGAUUCGCUGGGUUCUUGAAUACCAGAAUCUCAUCGUUUUACGAACGUUUUCCAAAUGGGCCGCCCUAGCCGGCCUGCGGGUAGGUUAUGGUGCUUUCCCGGAAGCGCUUCUGCCGCAUCUCUGGAAAAUCAAACAGCCCUACAACGUCAAUGUGGCUGGGCAGGUUGCCGCCCUGGAAGCGCUAUGUCAACGAGAUCUCCUGUUCCAGCAAGUUUCAUGGAUGAAAGCGGAACGCCAACGCCUUUACCAAAUCCUUCAGGCACCGCAGUUCGCGUGGUUGCAUCCAUACCCAUCACAGAGCAACUUUGUGCUCUGUCGAGUGCGUUCUGAUGAUGCGCUCUGUAAUGGAUCCCGAAGAAAGGUUGCCUCUGCCCGGGCCCUGCGUGAUUUUCUGCGAGAUCGCGGUAUUCUCAUUCGUUACUAUGAUUCGAAAGGUCUGACAGACUGUAUACGAAUUUCCAUGGGGACACCCGCCCAGAUGGAUCGCCUCUACGAGGUGUUGGAAGCGUACGCUCGUGUUCUCGGAUAUGGAAAUGAAAGAUAA